AUGGGGACAAAUUCAGUCAGAUCAAGCACAUCAGCCAGUGCUGGUUAUUACAAUCUAGGCUCCCAUCAUCGCCCCAUCACAACAUCCUCCCCCGACGCCCAGAGAUGGUUCGACCGCGGCCUCAUCUGGACAUAUGCAUUUAACCACGAGGAGGCAAGUAGAUGCUUCAGACGAGCUAUAGCAUCCGAUCCAGAUUGCUCAAUCGCGUACUGGGGUCUAGCAUAUUCGCUGGGGCCGAACUACAACAAGCCAUGGCAAAGCUUUGAUGAUGAGGACCUUGAUAAGUCUCUGGUUGAAGCAUGCCGUACCUCGCGAAGAGCAGAAGACAUGGCUGACAAAGCGUCGCCAUCUGAGAAAUGUCUCAUCGAGGCUAUUCAGUAUCGCUAUCCGUCGGAAAGGCUGGAAGGGGAUUUCUCGACCUGGAAUUCUGAGUAUGCCAGUGCGAUGAAGAAUGUCUAUCGGAAGUUUCCGAACGAUCUUGAUGUCUCUGCGUUAUAUGCAGAUGCGUUGAUGAAUCUGACGCCAUGGAAACUAUGGGAUCUAAGAACAGGACAACCUGCUCCAGAGGCACAUACGCUGGAGAUAAGAGAUGUGCUGGAACAUGCCCUCGCACUAGAGGGCGGAUUGCGGCAUCCUGGAAUUCUGCAUAUGUACAUCCAUCUUAUGGAAAUGUCAGGGAAGCCAGAAAGUGCGCUCUCCGUUGCGGAUAACUUGCGCGGUCUUGUACCUGAUGCGGGACACUUGAAUCAUAUGCCCACACACUUGGAUGUGCUGUGCGGCGAGUAUCGCCAGGCUAUAAUCUCCAAUACACAGGCUAUCCGCGCCGAUGAAAAGUUCCUUUCGAAUGUCGGGCCGCUAAAUUUCUACACGCUGUAUCGGGCACACAACUAUCAUUUUCGACUGUAUGCAGCCAUGUUCGCGGGACAAUCGAGAGUUGCCCUUGACACAGUCACAGAACUAGAAGCGAGCAUUCCAGAAGAGUUACUACGUGUGGAGUCGCCGCCGAUGGCGGACUGGUUGGAAGGUUUCCUGGGAAUGCGAGUCCAUGCAUUAAUUCGAUUUGGACGAUGGGAGGAUAUUCUUGCAUUGCAACUUCCUCAAGACCAAGAGCUUUAUUGUAUGACUACCGCGCUGCUACAUUAUGCCAAGGGCGUUGCAAAUGCAGCCCUUUCCAGAAUUGAAAACGCAGAGAAGGAGCGAGCCUUGUUCAGACGAGCUGUCGACAACAUCAAACCGUCCCGGACAAUAUUCAACAAUACAUGCCUGGACAUUGUGAAAAUCGCCGAGGCAAUGUUGAACGGUGAAGUCGAAUACCGCAAAGGAGACAUUGAGCAAGCGUUUAAUCAUCUCCGUGAAGCAAUUGCUCUAGACGAGGCGCUGCCUUAUGACGAGCCCUGGGGGUGGAUGCAGCCUCCUAGGCACGCGUACGGGGCUUUGCUAUUGGAACAGGGACGAGAUGAGGAGGCUUUAGAGGUCUACGCAGCAGACCUUGGUAUCAGCGACACUGUGCCAAGAGCAAUGCAGCAUCCCAAUAAUGUAUGGUCACUCCAUGGGCUUUAUGAGUGCUUAUUGAAACUUGAGAGAAAGGAUGAGGCGAGGAUCUUGAAGAAACAACUUGACUUGGCCUUAGCAGUCGCAGACGUUGAUAUAAAGGCAUCAUGCUUUUGUCGGUUGGAGACAGGAGGUGCUGAGUGUGGAUGUCGUUGAAACAAUUUUGGAGCCAUUGAUCCUGCUGCUCUAUAGAUUGACGUUUAAAGGUCGACUUGUAUAUGGUUCGCCAGUUAAUAAGUGCAAGGUCCACCGUCACCUUUUCCCCGUUUGCCUGUUACUUGCCUGUCGGUAAACUUAUUCCUGGGCCCUCAACUUCAAGGGGAAAGGAAGUGCACGAUCAGUCAGUAUUUGAUUAUCGGCCUAAAUAACUAUAAUAAUAAUAUCCA